AUCUAAACCUCGACGCUCACUUACAAACACAUCCUUGACGACGGCUCCCACUCACUGCCAAUUACGAUACACAAAUAGUCAUGUUCAAGGCGAUUUUACCUUCAUCGAAAAGAAUAUCUUCCUCGGAAUUCACUAUGGUCACGAACCCUGGAGAUCCACCCAGUGGAAAGGAGAACGUCCCUGACAAUAAUGCUGCGUCUCCUGUGCCCACAAAACCUAGCAAGGGAACUGUCCACAAGAAUUCGAAGCAAGAAAAGUCGAAGACCAUAAAGGUCUCGCAGGAUCUUGUGAUCGAGCCGGUGGUAAUGAACCAAGCUUUUGACAAACUACUGGACGAGCUGCAAAUUCCCUCCACUGUUCGUGUCAAGCUAGCUGGCAUGGACUCGACCGUCAAAGCCGCCAUGCUCAAAUCAUCUCAUGUUCUAACAUCAAACCCAACGUCUGGAUCACCCAGCACCCCCAUGACGUUGAGAAAAGCCCGCAGUAGCGAAUCGAUGGGCUCGCCUCUUCCGCCUUCCCUGAGCUACGACCAAAUGCCUACGAAAGCCAGCUGGAUAUCUGGUCUCUCUGGAAAGAGCACAACGGAUCUGCACGCACUCGAUGACAAAGGUCAUGAGCGUGGCUUAUCUUUUGAUGCUACACGGACAUUAUCUCGUGGUCAAAAUUCUCCGCUUAUCCCUGGCGACCUCAUUACGAGCAAAUCCAAAGAGAAGAAUUUCGUGAAGAGCAUAACUCCUGUCAAAUUCUGUAGUAUCUUGGCAUCGACUUCUAGCACUCAGCUGGACGUGGAAAUUGUCAAGAAGCUACGACUGCUUCUACGAAAUGAGUCGGCGACUUGGUCGGAAGACUUUUUAAAAUUGGGUGGCUACAAUGCUCUGCUUACGCGGUUGAACGAAAUACUCGAAGUUGAGUGGCGAGAAGAGCAGCACGAUGACCAGAUUUUGUAUGAAAUACUUCGAUGCUUCAAGGCCCUGUCGACCUCUGCAAUAGGUUGUUUUGCUUUGCGUAGCUCGUGCCCGACCCCAUUCGUGCAACUCGUCUCAUUGCUUUACUCUGACAAGAAACCCGGAGACGUAGCAACGCGACAGCUCAUCGUCGAAUUGUUGCUCAUCUUGUUCGAGUUAUACCCUUCCUCGUCGCUCCCGUCCACUGGUAACCGUCCACGUCGCGAAGCUUGGGAACCUGAGGGCCGCACAUCCUCCACUCUCAUCACCCUCCCAGCACCACACAAGAAUUUCUACUCGUUGAUCCGUGCUAUCCUCCUGACACCCGCGCCUCCUCCAACUGAAUCACCUGCUUCACCUGUGUCACCUCAUGCUUUUAUUGAAUCGCUACAUCGCCCGAGGAUCUACAAAACUUACCUCCAGGAGCUUUCGGACGUUUGCAGAGAUUACUUCUGGGUAUUCUGUCACCCGAAUAACACAGUCUGGAACUUGGACGAGGUAGAUGAGGGCAAGGUGGAGAAGCCCAAAGCACCUGGGGGCAUGACUGGAGGUGUCGAAUUUGAAGCUAUGGGGUACUUUACGAUGCACCUCAAACUCCUCAACGCAAUUGCUAGGUCUGCUCAUGAGUUGAAUCUGUCCAAGGAACACGACAUGUCUGCACAUCGUUUCCACGCCGACCUAUUUGCGUCGGGAUUUGAGCGGAUCAUUUUGAUAUCGCGCAAGACGUCUGUGACAUAUUAUCCGACAUUGCAUCUCGAGCUUUCCCGAUAUAUUGCCUGGGCGGGAGCAGCAAGAUUUGAGUUGCCGUGGACUGUAUCGCGGCUGAUAGGUCCUCCCCCAUCGGCAUUAGUCAAGGCGACUCCCAGACCACAACAGCGACCAACGCGACAAGGUCAAAGCCCACAAAGUACACCAACCAAGAGACCCCCUCCAGGCUUUAUCGGACUGCCAUCUCCUAAAAAGGUUGAACCUAUCAAAUUCGAAUAAACGCAAGCACUGCGCAGGGCAAGCUGGCUUCCUGGCAGGGGUUUGUUAUGAUCUACAUCUUAAGGCUUUUAUUUUUCUGUUGUACGCUUUAGCCAUGCUUUUUUUGCUUAUCUUGCAAGAAGUGCACGAAACAUGAUAAAUUAACAUCAAUGAAAUGGACCAGGACUAUCUGCUAUUACAAAACACGAA